CCGUCUCGCUUUCUUCCCUUACAAGCAGCCGCGGCCGGGAGCUAGGGUUUACGGGCCGCGGCGUCUCCCCUCUUCCGGCGGCGGCGGAGCUCAUGGCCGACGACGACGGGUCUACGAUGGCGGCGGCGGGGGCGGAGACGGACAUUGAAUUCUCGCUCGGGGGCUGGGGGCCCAGCUUCGAGUUCGCGUUCAACGCGGAGAACUUCUCCGACAAGGUGCUGCGGGUACAGGUCGUCGCCAGCGGCGACGUCGACGGAGCGCGCCAUCCCGUGGAGGAAGUUUUACAUGUCAAGACAAUGUAUGUCAACUCAGCGAUUCUUGCUGCAAGAAGUCCUUUCUUUCUCAAGCUUUUCUCAAAUGGCAUGAAAGAAUCAGAUCAGACACAUCGAACGCUUACGAUUGCUGAUUCAGAUGAAAAUGCCCUUAUGGAGCUUUUGAGCUUUAUAUACAGUGGAAAACUAACAACAACUGAGCCCACCUUUCUGCUUGACAUCUUGAUGGCUGCGGACAAAUUUCAAGUCAUAUCCUGCAUGAGGCAUUGCUAUCAGUUGCUCACAAGUUUGCCUUUGACAACAGAAUCUGCACUGCUGUACCUAGAUCACCCAUGCUCUAUGUCAAUGGCAGCCGAAGUUCAGCUUUUGAAAGGUGCUGCCCAGGAAUUCCUUGCCAACAAAUACAAGGAUUACAAUAUGUUCGAACAGGAAGUGAUGAACAUUUCUCUGUCUGGGAUCGAAGCCAUACUUUCAAGUAGUGACCUACGUGUGGAAUAUGAAGAUCAGUUAUACUACCUUUUGCUCAAGUGGGCUCGUGAGCGAUACCCGGAAUUGGAAGAAAGACGGAAGAUCUUGAGUUCUCAUUUGCUUCCACUUGUUCGCUUCAGUCAUAUGACUUAUGGGGCACUUCAGAAUAUCCUAAUAUGUACUGAUAAUGACAUAGACCAUGAGCAAGUAACUAAGCUUAUCACUGGGGUGCUUAUGUGCAAAGCUUAUCCAGCACACAGGCCAGGUGCUCUUGCAGCAUGUGAAACCUCCUGUUUGCUAUAUGCAGAGCGAGCUUACAAGCGCAAACACCUGAAAUUGGUUGCGUUCGAUCAACCCUGCCCACAGGUUAUUGCUUACAUGGACCUGAAGCAUGAGGAAUGCUCCCAACUCUCCCCGUCACAAUAUAUAUUAUCACUCCCAUUCCAUGUUGCAGGUCAGGGUUUUGUUUUUAUGGCAAGAUGUAGCAUGGAUCAGAGUGGGUUGGGCAGAUUUGGCCUAUUCUUAUAUAUCGAUCCGAAGCUGAAGCGCUCAACCUGUGUGUCAGUAAAGUACGAGUUUGCUGCAAGGAAAAGACCGUAUGGGCAAUUUGUUAGUAUGGUCAAUUCUAGCUAUACCUUCACUGAUAGGUUUUCAGUUGGACAUGGUGAUCUCUUUUCGGUUCCAUGGUUGACAUUCAUGGCUGACAACAGCCUCUUCAUUGAUGGUGUCCUGCGUCUCAGAGUUGAUUUGACGGUGGUUGGGCAGACGGAGCCGCAAACGUGAUAUCUUCUCACUCAGCAAAGUUAGGUUUAUGGCUUGCUUGUGACCCUUGCCUAGCAUGGCUUGUGAGGCCCCCCAAGAAGAGGAAGAAAAGGGCAUGGUUUCAUCAGCAGAUUGUUUGUACAUUAGCCACUGCCAACCAAAUGUGUUGCUUCUUCAUGACUCUCUUCCUGUUGUAGCCAAGAUAUGGUCGUUACCUUUUGGUACUUUGUCCUUCAAAGUUGUAACAGGAUAGCAGCAGCAGCUGGGAGUGUUUUUGAUGGUGCCAGCGAAGCGGUAGCUCGGACCGCCAUGACGGUUGCCUGGUCGACCAUGGCGAUCUUUCGGUACAUUGUUGGCAACAAUUCAGCUGGUCGCUGCGUCCUCAGUUUCGCUCGCGUAGGAUGUGGGCACAACCAACCACAAGAAAAAAAGUUAAAUAUUUUCAUGUCUAUGUCUUCGGCUCAUUUGUAUUCCUGGUCUUUUCACGCAAAGUAACUCCGUUGUUAUUUGUCCACUUUGCAGGGGUCUAACGGUGAACAUUGAAAGCUCAUGGGUUUUCAAAAAGUUGUGACUAAUCGAUUACCGUUUCGCCUCCUUCCCAAGCUGUUCCUUUUGUUUCUUCAAGUAGCUGGCGUAUAUUAUUUCGUCAAGUAGCUCUCUACAUGUACUAUCUGACAGUUGAAAGAUGUGCCUGCUGAAUGGAACUCAAAUUCAUUUAGGAAAAGUAAUUAACUAGCAGAUUAUACAGUGCCUGCACAUCAGAUCUGCCAACUGUUGUGUUUCCGAAUAUGAUGAGAAGAUGAAAAUAUUACUUUAUCAAAUUUGUUAUUGAAUUAAUUGGCGUGUAUUUGGAACUAUGGAUAUAUUUGGCGAGGAUGGAGGGGCUCCUAAAUCUUUAGAACUCCCCAUUCUCCACAACCAUGUUCCCUGUUCCCUGUUCAACAUUUAAGAAUUUAAUGUUGACAUUAGUCUGCCUUUUCCUUUGUUCACCUCUGUUCUUUCUGUCUGUUGAAAGAUUUAAUGUUAUCAUUAGCUUGCUUGAUGAUUGCUCACUUUUAACUUUUUAUGUAGUACAAUUACCUGAUGUGUAAAGGCAAACUUGGUACCGGCACUAUUAGCUGAUCAAAGUUGAUGUGGGACAAAGUAUCGAAUCUUCCUCAGCCAUGGUAGAUACCACUGCUGCGAGUAAAGACAAUUUAUAUCAGUUUAGCUAUUCUUGCUGCAAGAAGUCCUUUCUUUCUCAAGGAACAGAGGAAAAUGCCGUGAUGGAACUUUUAAGCUUUAUGUACAAUGGAAAGUUGACAAGUGCUGAGCCUGCUCUUCUGCUCGACAUCUUGAUGGAUGCUGAUAAAUUUGAGGUUCUUUCUUGCAUGAGGCUUUGCAGU